AACACUUUCUUAAAUCCGUGCAGCGACUGACCGCCCCUGGAUCAGCAAUGCCGCCAGCCUAUGAGCUUGCCGAAUUGGAUGACUCGGAGUCUGGGAGCGAGUCUUCCUCCCAGGUGGACGUAGAUUGUAUGGCCGACUUGUUUCAGGUCUGCUGCGGCGUCUUCUGCUGCUUGUGGAUCCUCUUCAUCACGGUGGGCUCUGAGGUGGUGGCCUGGAACCGGCAGGCGAGCUGCAGCGGCAAGGAAGGAGACGGCCGAAUCCAGUGGAACGCAGUGCUGCCGCCCGAGACCGCCACCGCAAUGCGGCUGGGGAUCCCAUCCUUGCUGUGGCACCAGGUAGACGUGUUCAAUGGGAGCACCGCUGACGGGCAGAAGCUGGGAUACUGGUCCAACGUGGACCUGUUCCUCGGGAAUGUCCAGAAGUAUGCUUAUGUGGUGGACGGCGAAGGCGCCCUCCUGGAAGGGUGGCGGCCAUGGGGAGUUUACCUCGGCUCCAGGUAUCACCUCUGGUUGUGCUCCAGCUUGGUGCGGGAGUAUGCCAUCGAGGAGGAUUGGUGGGGAAGGCCUUGGUGGAGCUUCGGCACGGAUAAGAUCUUCAACAUUAUUGAGCGGCCGAGCGGGAAGUUGGUGGCCAAGUCCCAGCACAAAGUCCAAGACAUGUGGUCCCUCAAAGCGUAUUGGACAGCCUCGCUAGAAAGUCCCGCUGGCACAGCGAUCGCCACACUCAGGCAAGAGACGCCCGUGAUCAACUGGUUCUUUUACGGCACUCAGAAGUGGCUGAUGGCGAAUCAGCGUCCAGACCUCCUCCCCAAUGAGGUGGUCUCUUUCCUCGCUGCGGUGUACGACAUAGACAAAGUUCGUGACACCAACGACUGACUGCACAUAUCCUUUGACCCGAGAGGGCCAAAGAUUUGUCCAAUCGCGGCAUUGGGGGUAAGCCUCCUGUUGGUCCUUUCGAACAACUUUGCCGCAGUUGUAGCCCACUGCUUGUCCAGCUCAAUUGUGGAUGGACAACAAGUUGUAUUAGUUGGGAUGGACGAAGCUCUAUAAACCACCGGCCUUUGUCCACCCAAUGUGCCAAUGUUUCCAAUUAAAUGGAUUUCAUGACACCGAGCGAUGGGCGAACC